GAGGCUACUUUCGUCUGUCAAGUUUCUCCUCGCGGGUGAUGGAUAGGCUCGACUGGGUACCAUGCAACUCCGAUGGUCUAGCCCUGGUGGCCAUUGGUGGACUCUUGCUAGGAUUGUUCGCAUUCAAGAGAUACAGCGCUCGACGAAAGCAGCCUGUCUCGACCGAGGCAGAUCUGUCGAAAAAGAGACGUUUCGGUGCGCCAGAAGAGGUGCAGGUACAGAAGGAUUUGAACAAAUUCCGGGAACCAGGCGAAUGGACACCACAAACAUUCGACUACCCAUCAAUUACUCCAUGUCCCCACCCUCUAUCUGACAUACGGCCUGUUCCAUACCGACCCUUCCGCUGGGGCGAAUAUCACAUAACGAUGGGUAUACGCUCUAUGCCUUGGGACGAGUGGAUUGAGCUCGACCAACAAUAUACGACAUACGAGAGUAUUCGCGCCUUUCGCAUCAAGACGCGCGGCGAAGAUGCUGUGAGGAUUCUACCUUCGCGACACGAUAAUGGGGUGGAUAUUCGUGGGGGUGGAGAUGCAGCAAAAGAGUUACUGUACGAGAUUGGAGAAUAUCUUUCGCGACGACACCCUUCUUGCUUCGUCGUCACACGGCAUACUGCAGAGCAACCAUGGCCUCAGAUAAACGGCUUAUCUCUCGGCUGGGAAGGUUUACCACCCAUACAUACAAUCAUAGUUGUCGCAACUGGGAAAACUUAUCAGUUCGAUGGACUCGAGGGUGAAGAAGCCAUGCGCGUUGCAGCAUUACUUAUACAAGACGAUAUAGCAAUAAUGAUCGAGGGAUCAGAUGGACGAUACUAUUUCCAAGCUGGGGCAAUAUGCGUACCUGGCUUCUGGCGCAUGCGAGACAAAAUAGGAAUGCCACUCGAUGAGAUACACAUCACUGGCAAUGUCCCACAAUACAAAGAGAAGCUGCAAACCAGCAUGGAACGAUUUUUCAAACGCAUGCCAUUAGAGAAACCGGUCGUACGGAACAACUACUUCAUACAGGUCGUAAAACCACUAAAGAAGUCAGAGGAUGGUCACACGCUUGACGACAAGGAAGAAACAACCUCAGACGUCGAUCCAGAAGAACUAGGGUGGUCAGAUUCCACCAAUGGACCUGAAGAUGCCUUCGCACACGGUCACGGACAUGCGAGAAGACAAGCACCAUAUCUGGCGCCACAAACGUUACGGCUACGCACGGAACGACAGACACUUAGGCGACUACCGAGAACAGGUGCCAUUAUCUUUGGUAUCAGGACCUAUCUCUUUAAAAUUGAGGAGCUCGCGGAUGAGCCGGGAGUCCCAGGACGACUUGCGAGUUCGAUAAGGAGUUGGCCUGACGACGUGAGCACAUACAAAGGUCGGAAAAUGUACAGAGAUGUAUUACUGGGGUACUUGGAUGAGCGCGCCAGGGAGCAAGAGAAUAGAAUCGGUGCCGAACCGGCGCUGCAAGAAGACCAUUUUCCAUUGUAAAGUGUAAAGGGGCUGGAUGGGACCUCCCUAGACUACGGACGCGGCGUGGUAUAGGAGAGCAAAUCUAAAUUGACCGGAUCAACGACAUUUGGGGUGGCGUAACGAUAUUGUAACGGGGUGUGGCUGAUGGUGCCGGAGUUGGGGAAAUUGGGGGAAGAUCGGAGGCAGGAAAUAAACAGCAGGCUUGCCUCGUGCGAGAUAUGCAUGUGAUUUGGACGCCUAGAACGGACGAGACUGAAUGAGAGAGGUCGUGAUAAGUCUUAUGGGGAGUGGAGCAGCGAAAAUUUCGACGACUGGCGUUUAAGUAUGAAAAAAAGGCGAGUAGGAAAAGAGUGUGAGAGGUUUGACGCAAUGGAUGGAUCAUUGAUGA